ACAGAUGAGCAAGGGGAGCCUGCGGAGUAGAGCCGCGCGCCGUACACCCGCCGAUAUACUUUCUUUCCUAUGAUAUAAACACCGAUAAUUUGAAGGCGAGUUAGAAAUGUAUGAGAGAGGACGGUAGCGGAGGCGGAGAUCCAUGGUGCAGGUCUCCUGGUUGGUCCACGGUUGUCCCACCAUUUGCUAGACUUACGCCGCUGCUGCUGCCGCUACCACACGCGGCCCUCUGCCACACUCCUCCACAUCUGAUACUACCCUCACAAUGGCCAUACAGAUCAUUCAACCAGGAGACAAGGCAUGUAAUUUGGUUGGCAUCACAGGAACUAGGAAGUCGAGAAUGCGCAUGAAGAGGCGUGUGUGUGACACAGUGGGGUGAAGUUGGCAGUACGAGGGAGUGGCUGGAGAACAAACACAGUAUAUCUGUGUCAGUUGAAUGGCAGACACUUGGUGAGCACGAUGAAUGGGGAGUCGGGAGACUGCAACACCCCUGUACGACGAUCGUCACGGGCAAGAAAACCAAACUCCCGGUUUGCUGAUGAUGAGUUGGAUGGCCGUUUUAAAAAAAUUGUCACUGGCUUAGCCUCUCCAGAGACUCCCACGCCCACUCUUUUAGCAUCUCCCCCUGGCCGUCCUCGAAAGGCUGGGAGGAGAAAGGACAGUCGUAGUGAAGAGAGUGGUGAGGCAAAAAGUGAUGAAGUAGAUAGUGAUGAGAGAACUGAAAGGAAUAAACCAGAGGUCCCAGCAGGUCAAUCACAAACUGAUAAAAAGGAUGCUCAUUCCAUUAAAAUUUUGGAACUGACAGUUGACGAAAAAGAACUAUCCAGAAAAUCUGAGGCUGCUGUGUCCACUGUAGUUUUUGUUGCAGAAUCUGAAGCUCUAGUAAAUGGCCUUGAGAGUGAGAAUGAAAAAGUUGUUGACCGUAACGCACAAUCCGAGUGUGAAAAAACUGGCGAAAUGGGAAGAAGAACAAGAAGCAGUGCAAAGAAGGAUGAGGUGGGGGGAAGUCCUCCCAAAGACAUCAAAAAACGAGGACGAAAAAAAGGCAAAGGCAAAAAGAGUGAAGGGGAAGGGGCGAUGGGUGAUAGUGGAAUCCUAAGUGAAGAUGGGAAUUCUGUCACUCUUUCAGAAGAAAAAAUCUGUAUGAAUGUUGAGGGAGGUGAUGCAGAUGGGACUGAUGGAGCAAACAAUGGAGGUGAUAAAAGUAAACUGGUAAAUGUCAACCCCAAGACAAAUCCAGUGGAAUCUGUCCAGAAAGAAGUGGAAGUUACCAAUGACCCUUCCAGAGUUAGUGUUGAAAGUGACAGUAAAGACAGUGAAAAUGUAGAGGAGGACUUAGACAGUGAAUUUCCUGUAGAAAAACAAACCAGUGAAGCAUUCAAAGGUGACAAAAAAGGCAGGCAAAAUUACACCGAAGAAAAAAAUAUUAAUGAAAGUGAUAUAGAUGACGAAAUUAAUAGUGAAACAAGCAUUUAUGACAAAGAAGGUAGUGAUCUAGCUACAAGUGAUGGAGAAAAAUUUUUAAGUGAUGAAACUGUCAGUGAGAAUAAUAAAGAAAAUUCUAGUUUGUAUACAGUGGGUGGAAAUAAUGAAGAAAGUGAUGAUAUAAAAGCAAUGGAUGGAAAUAGUGAAAAAAGUGAUAAUUUACAAGCAAUGGGUGGAAAUAAUGAAGAUAGUGAUAAUUUACAAGCAAUGGGUGGAAAUAAUGAAGAUAGUGAUAAUUUGCAAUCAAUGGGUGGAAAUAAUGAAGAUAGUGAUAAUUUGCAAUCAAUGGGUGGAAAUAAUGAAGAUAGUGAUAAUUUGAAAGCAAUUGGUGGAAAUGCAGAAUGUGAUAAUUUGCAAGCAAUGGGUGGAAAUGAUGAAGAAAGUGAUAAUUUGCAAGCAAUGGGUGAAAAUGAUGAAGGAAAUGAUAAUUUGCAAUCAAUGGGUGGAAAUGAUGAAGAAAAUGAUAAUUUGCAAUCAAUGGGUGGAAAUGAUGAAGAAAAUGAUAAUUUGCAAUCAAUGGGUGGAAAUGAUGAAGAAAAUGAUAAUUUGCAAUCAUUGGGUGAAUAUGAUGAAGAAAGUAAUAGUUUUCUCUCAGAGGGUAGAAAUAAUGAAGGAAGUGUUACCGGCACUCUUCGUGUAGAUGUUGGAAACGAAGAAGAAAGUGGCACUUUGCAUGCAGAGGUAGAUUAUGAUGAGAUAAAAGAUGAAACAACCCUGAAGGAUCAGAAACUUGUUAUAAGAGCAAAGAGUGAGACUGUGGAUGAACUCGACAAGGAAGUAGAAAAUGAGGAAAUGGAGAGUCUUACAAAUGGUGAUAUUUAUUCAGAAGACAUUAGUUUACAUAUCUCCCCUGAUACUAGCUCAAGCAUUGAUUCUGUCUCUGUAGAUUAUUGUGAAGUUAGAGUCCCGGAACAAGAUGCUUUGAUGGAUGUAUGUCAUAAUAAAGAGAUGGGUUCCAGAGAAGAGAGUGUACCCCAGUCAAAUAAACCUCAGAUUGACUCUGUAGAGGAAGAAAGUAAAGAUUUUGAUGUCUUCAAGUCAGAAUUGGAUAAAACAAAUAGUAAUGCAAAAAGUUUAAAGUCACCCAAAGGUAGGAAAAGGCCUGUCAAGGAAGAUAGUAGUACCGAGUCCACAGAUAGUGAUAGUCCCACUCCGUCCAGACGCAGGGGACGCAGCUCAGCAUGCGUGUUGAGUAAGGGCCUGGGGGAGGGAACAAAGGAUGUUGGUGAAACUCUCUCUAAAGUGGAGGUCUCAAAAUCAGUGAAAGUAGUCAAGAAAGUAAUUGAUUUGAAAAUGGAAUCGACAAUACUAGGUCAAACUGACAUUGCAGAAGAUACAAAUGUGUUAUGUGAAGAUUCUAGUUCUAGUAAGACAGGUGUAGUUCCUCAUGAAGAUACUCAGAGCUGGAAUGAGGAGGCUCAGAGCAGAUUAGGGCAAGUUAUUGAAGUUGAGUCAAGUUCUAAAACAAAAGGAAAGAGGGACAGAGUUGAUGAAGAAAAGCAAAAUGAUGACAAAGGGGAUCUGCUGAACUCUCCAAAAAUGAAGAAAAGGAGAGAAGAUUACUCGAAAAAUGAACUUGACAGUGUGGACCCUGAUUCUGAUGAUGGUCAGAAGAGAAAACGGCCAAUUGAACCCAAAGAUGAUGACUUAAGAAAAAGAAGAAAAACAGAAGAAAAGAAAGCAACUGAGAUAGAAGUGCCAAAUGUGGAUGUGCCAAAAAUGGAAGAAGGUAACAGUGUUGUAGGGGUGUCUCGAGGUUCACAGCCUGUUGACUGUUUUUCAAUUUCUGCAUUAGAUAUACCCCUCCCGACAGGGGCAUAUCCUGGAAGGAAUGAAAAAAGUUGUGCCAUCCGCAGACCUCACGAUAACUCUACUGCACCAAAUGAAGAAACUCCGGUGUCAGCUUCUAAAGAUAAUAAUGAAAAAAAAUUAUUUUGGAGAAGUACCGAGUCAAGGUUAACUUUGAAAAGUCAAAAAGAUACACACACGGCUUAUGAGGAUGUGCAGCUUCCUCAUGAAACAGCUUUGAAAGAAGAGCUAAGUUUUUUGAAGGAGGCUAAGGAUUCCAUUAAUAUUUUUAAAUAUAAAGGAGACAGCAGUGGAGUUACUGAUUUGAAGUUUUCUAAUGUUUUUAUGCCGCCUACAGUAGGUGCAUCAUCUAUUCCAUUAAUAGGUGGGGAAACUGAGUUCGACAGUCCAUCUACUGACAUACCAGCUCUGACUAUGUUAAGGCCAGAAUCUACAACUUCUUCAAAAUUUAGCCAGUUUGAGAAACAAAUGAGAAGUCCUCAGACUGAUUUUGGCAUGAAUAGAAAUAAGGACAUAAUUAAAGAGUGUCCUGAAAGUUCACUGGACAAUUUAGGCUCAGGUCUUCACAGUAGUGAUUCUAAAUCUACUCAACAUUUGGAUUCAGAAGUGUCUAGUUUGGGUAAGACUGAUGAAAUCCAGGCUGGUGAUGGUGCUAACUCAGCCAAAGAUGAGCUGGUUCAAGAUGUGAAACUAUUUCAUAAUGAAGAUUUAGCAGCUGAAGUUCAAAACAAUAAAGAGAAUCUUCAACCAAAACAUGAAGAGAAUAGCAGUGGAAGCAGGGUUGAAGAGGUUCUUCUUACAGGGAGUGAACCAAAAAUGGAGGAGGUUAGUACUGGAAGCGAAGUUGAAGAAGUUCCUAUUUGUGAUGAUGAACAAGAUAUUAAAGGCACUAGAAUUGGUAGUGGGGUUGAAGAACUACACCUAACUGCUGAGGAGUUGUUGGAAAUUGAAAAGAAAAGGCAAAUUGAGUUAGAAGAAAAGGCAAUGAGGAAUAAGUGUAUUGUAGAGGAGAGGAUGAAAUCUUUCCAACAUCUGGUGGAGAACCAGUACAUUGGGGAGCGAAAGAAGAGCAAGCGUAGCAAAGAGGUGCGACGUAUGGUGUGUGACUGCUCUCUCACAAAGGAGGAGAUCGAACGUGGUGAAGUUGGCUGUGGGGAGGACUGCCUCAACAGGUUGCUGAUGAUUGAAUGUGGCUCAAGGUGUCCAUUGAGGGAUAGAUGUACCAACAAGAGGUUCCAGAAUUAUCAGUAUGGUGAUGUCGAUGUGUUCAAUGCUGAUGAGAAAGGGUGUGGUGUUCGAGCUUGCACAGCCCUGCCACCGGGAAGUUUCAUCAUGGAAUAUGUUGGGGAAGUGUUUGACACACGGGAAUUCAAGAGACGCAGAAAGGAAUAUGCACGUGAUCACAAUGCUCAUUUCUACUUCAUGGCUCUCAAGUCUGACCAACUCAUAGAUGCAACUCGAAAAGGCAACAUAUCAAGGUUCAUCAACCAUUCAUGUGAUCCUAAUGCAGAGACUCAGAAGUGGACUGUAAAUGGGGAGUUACGAAUUGGGUUUUUCUCAAAAAAGUAUAUCGAAGCCAAUGAAGAGAUCAGCUUUGAUUACCGCUUGGAGAGAUAUGGGAGGGAACCACAAAAAUGUUACUGUGGUACUCCAGUCUGCCGUGGCUGGUUGGGUGAGUCUCCAGAGGAGAAGACUAAGGAAGAAAAGGAUGAAGAAAGGAGGAAGGAAGAGAGAGACAGAAGGAAGAGAGAGGAGAGAAGAUCAUACUUUGAGGAUAUUGAUCUCGAAGAUGAGAUAGAAAAGCUUAAUUCUCACAAGUUAAGGAACCGCCAGGACACACUCAAUCUGUCUCGAUUAAUGGUUCGUGCUGAGGAUUUCGAUUCACGCGUCAUGCUAUUAGAUUUGCUUCAGACUGGUGAACCAGCCUGUCGAAGACUGUUCCUUGAUUAUCAUGGUCUGAAGGUUCUCUGGUCAUGGAUGGCAGACUUGGGAUUCUCUCUUGAACAUACUUCUUUGAAAAUUGAGAUUCUGAAAACAUUGGAAUGUCUACCUAUAACUAAUAAGACGCAGCUAACAGACAGCCGGGUACUGGCACUAGUAGAGCGCUGGAGUAUCCAGGCAUUUGAUACAUCCUCCACACAGUCACCACCUCCUCCCCCACCACCAAAGUUAGAACAUCUUGGGGCAGCUUCUUUGUCUUCAGAUUCUGAAGUCAACAAAAAAGCAAGUGAUACCAGUGAAGAGUCAGACUUAGAAAUGGACACCAAAGCAAUAUCAAAUUGUGUAGAGGGAUCAAGUGCAGAUGACAGCAGUUUAGACUCAGAAGUUGAACAACCAGCUCUGAGUGCUAAAAAAAUGGUAGAAGGUACCAUGGCAGAAGAAGAAAGUAGUGACUCAAGUCAAAGUGAUGGGAAAGAACACCCCACUAUAAGGGGGAAGGAAGAAGGGAAACGAUCUGCUGUUGAGCCAGGAGAAGACGAUGAAGCAGUGGUUGACCAAAGUAAAGAGAAAGAAGCUCAAGAAAUGCUAGAACUUCAUAGGACGAUGGUUGCCCUUGCUCUUAAGUUGUUAGAUGCUUGGAAAAAUCUUAAGGAGUUUUUCCGUAUCCCCAAGAAGGAGCGCAUUGAGUUGAUGAAAGAACACGAGCGUGAAGUGGACCAAGGUUACAAGGAAUACCUUGACAGAGAACAAGAUGAUGAUCGUGACAGAAGGGAUAAAGACAGAUGUGGCAUUCUGUCUCUUAGGUACAACAGACGGGAUUCGUAUUAUGAUCGACGGCGACGAUCCCCUGAUCGAGACAGAGAGCGUCAUCGCCGAGGUGGAGGUAGAAACGACAGAGAAGACAGGUCGUCUGAUUCACCAAAGAUGUCGAAAGAGCAGAGAAGACAAUUGUUCGCCAUGAAGGUUCAACAGGAGGAAGAAGAAGCCAAGCAACGGAAAAUGCAAGAAGAGAUGUGGGCCAUGCAUGUAGACCGGUGCCGUCUACUUGGUCAUGAUCCUUACCUGACUCCAAUUUUUGACCCUACGUAUCAGUACUAUUGGGACCCAGUUGCAGCCAGUUGGCAACCUUACAACGGAUCUGAUCCUAAUAUCCCUGUGCCAGCUGCAUAUGGUCAGCAAAAGGGUGAUGGUGAAGGUGGGUCACCUUUAGCAAUGUUCGUACCAGGACAAACUAAGUCAAGUCAACCUUUAGCUGGCCAUCUUGCUCCGGAUGGUGAACCUGCUAUCCCAGGCCAAGGAGGACCAGAUGAUCCACUGAAUCCAGCUAACAUUCCACUGCCUGGUGAAAUUUCCAGCAUCUCCCAAGCUUCCCCAUCACAGCCCUUACCUGGACAGGCUGUACCAUGUGAAGGCACUCCACCACAAGGAGCCAAAGUACUCUCCAUUCCUCUUCCUGGAGAAGCUCCCUCUAACACUACAGUUGCAUCUGUGACCUUGGAUCCAAACACAACACCAAUUCCAUUGAUUGAUAAUGAUGAGGGCCCUCCACCACCACCACCACCAGAACCCAUUACCAUUCAGCUGCCUCCACGAUGGAAGAUUGCACGUGAUGCAGAUGGCCAUGUUUACUUCUACCAUGUUAAGACAAGAACUAGCCAGUGGGAGCCACCCACUGUAGAGCAGCAUCAACAAUUAGAAGCAGAACUAGGGUCAGACUCUGACUCAGAGUCAUCAUCAUCAGAUGAUUCAGACUCAACAAGCACUAGUGAUAGCGAAGACUUCUCAAGUGAAGAGGAGGAGGAGGAGGUAGUGGUGACGGUGGAAAGGAGUGGGGUGUCAGACGAGAAGAUGAUCAGACGGCUGCGGGGCAAGAAACGCCGGUCGGAGGCGCUAGUACAGGAACGCGUAAUCAGCCCCAUCCUGGAAAUUGAUCGUGAGGCAGCAAGGCGUGAACGUCGAGAAGCAAAAGAACGUGCCAGAGAAGAGGCUCGUCAAGAGCGACAGGAAGAGCGCCAAGUUCGCACUCAGGUUGAUCGACCUGAUUUUGUAGAACUCCCAGAGAAAAUUGAGCGGCCAGAAAAAAUUGAACGUGUUGAGAAACCCGAGCGUGUGGAGAGAAGUGAACGAGCUGAACGUCAUGAGAGUCGGGUAAAGAGAGAGAAGGUAAAGAGUAAGGAGCGGGCUGCAACAGCAAUUGCAGAUAACAGUGAGACUGCCAGAAAGAUCAAGGAUACCUUUAGAUCAAAGAUGGCCACCUUUAUUGUGUCUGUGCUAAAUCCUUAUAGGCGUGGAGAUUGUAGGGAAGGCAAAAUUACCUGUACUGAAGACUUCAAGUACCUGGCUCGAAAGCUCACCCACUUUGUUAUGGUAAAGGAGUUGAAGCAGCUUCACAGCAUAGAUGCUUUGGAGUGCAGUGACAGUGUGAAGCAUAAAACUAAAGACUUUGUUCGUAAGUACAUGAGUAAGUAUGGAUCAAUCUUUAAAAGGGAUCCCAAUGACACCAAGGAGUACUAACUUCACAAACAGUAAUGUAUAUCAACAAAUCUUGUAGUUUCGUUGUUCUCUCAUCCUGAGAUACAUACAUUUUAUGGUAGGUAAACAAUUUUGUGAAUGCAACCAUUUUGAAUUGUUUAGUUAUAGUCAAACCAGACUGAAUGUGGCUUUAAUAUGACUUCAUGUAACAUGGGUAUGUAAAGUUUGAAUAUCCAUGUUUAGAAGCAGUUGUAAAAGUGAAAUUUAUAAAAUGCAAAUUAAUUGAUGUAGAACAUCAUUCACUGAAAUCAUAAUAGUUUACACAUUGUUGAGUUAAAAAUGAAAUUUUUUGGCAUUAAAGAAAAUUUUAUGAUGUAUGUUACUUUAACCUCUUUUGCCCCCACAAUUUGGCUAAAAUUAAAAUAAAGAAACAAGUGGAAAAUAUAGGUUUCUUUGUCAGAAAACUGAUCUUCAUGUACAUGGAGUUUUGCAUAUGGUGAAGCCAACCAAUUUGGCUGUAGUAUUUUAGAAUGAAAAAACAAAACAUUGGAAGAGUUAAAAUAUGCUUCAGUGUUGAUUAGGGGCGGGGGGGAUUGUAAAGGUUUACAAAUUUUGUCUUUUAUAUUAUUAUGAUAGGUCAUCAUACUUUUGGGAUGAGACACUAAAUUUUUUUGUAAUAUUGAUAAUAUUAUAAGUUGGAUGAUGCUCGUGUGUGAUAAACUUUUGGGUGGCUUGUCUUUUAAUAUUUUAAGUAAUUGGUUGAAUAGUUUAUUGAUAAAAACUUUCAAGGAAGGGUCAGACUUUUACAAGGCACCAAAAAUCCAAGAGAAAGGGAAUAUUAUGUCAAAUAAUGCCAGUUUACUGUGGCUGUAUAGAAAUAUUUAUCACUAAAGAAAUCUUUAUAUGUUCUUGUAAAAAAAGAAGUGUUAUGGACGAAGGAGAAGAUUAAAAGUGUCACCACUGCCGCAGACGUGUGUAAUUAUCCCACCACUGAACCUUUUGACACUCCCACUAAAUAGUUCCCACUGAGUCCUUAACUAAUGUUAUGUUUUACUCGAAGUUCCUUGAGAAAUUUAUAACUACCAUUGGUUAGAAAUUGUAAAUGUUAAUGUAGGUCUCCAGUCAUCCUGAUUGUUAUAUUUUCUGGUAUUUUUACUUUGCCUUUAGGUUCUUUAUGCAGGGUAAGAGGCUUUCAACAAAGCCUGAAGAGAUAUGUUUAUUAAACAGUUUGUACAUUAACAUCCCACCCUAAGGAUUUGAAUUAUAUAUAAUACCUCGUGUAUAUAUGCUGUUGUACAGGCUAAUUAAUAUUUUAAUGCAAACAGCUGUAUUUUGAAGGCAUUGAUGUUUUAAUUUUUUACUUCCCUUAUAUUUGAUGUUGAAAUUUUGUACCUUUAGUACAGAAGUUAUUUGUUGUGUUUCUCAACUAAUGGUUUAAUUUUGUUUAUAUGUGUCUAAUGUGUUCUCAGGAAUGCAUUUGCCCUUGUGAUGAUAUUAGCAUAUAGGUACUGUAGACAAAUGUAGGACUGAAUGUACAAAGAUCCAGGCACUGGAAUGGAUAAAAUUAUGCUGUAU